GGUUUUUUCACACUUUUGUAAACAACAUGGCGAUUCAGGGACUGGUCCCGCUAGCCACUGAUUAAACACUGUGCUGUCAAACUGCAGCUGUUUUGCGUUAUAAAUGUAAACGUUAGACCUUGCGGAAGUUACGCGUCGGGCACAUUGUUAAAUUCGCACCGAAACGACAAAGAGCUGCACCGACGAGCUGUCAAGAAGAGCGUUUGACAGUCAAACGGCCCCCUUCAGUCUAUGGGCUCUCAGUCCAGUUCUGGGAUGUCUGGUGGAAGGGGCUCUUCCAGUGGCAACCCAGCUGAUCAACCUGAAGGAGCAGAAUCAAACCAGAGUAGCAGCAGCAGCAGCAGCCGAGGCCGCAGGACGGCUGACAGGCAGCAGGGAGACAGGCAGCAGGGAGACAGACAGCCAGCAUCAGAGGAGGACGUUGACUUAGCUGAAGUGCUGGCUUACCUACUAAGGAGGGGCCAGGUCAGACUGGUCCAUGGCAGUGGAGCCACAGGGCUGCAGCUGGUCCAGUCCUACUCUGACUCUGAUGAGGACAGCGACGGUGCCUGGGAGGGGCGGCUGGGGAACCGCUACAAUCCACCAGUGGACGCCCAACCCGACACACAUGAAGUGGACCAAAGUGAGAUCCGAACUCAGAUCAUGCUGGCUACCGGCUCCUCUACCCUGAAAGGCCGACACAGUUUCACCCACAUGCUAACAGAGAGGGAACAAGGCAGAUGUAGAGGCUCUAGUUUUUCACAUGGAGAGUGCAGUCGUAUCCGCACACAUUUUCUGCCAAACUAUGUAUCCCACAAGGAUACGUACCAGCAGAAAGCCUUCUGUGGCGUGUACAGCGAGAAUGGCAACAUGUUCCUCUCUGCCUGCCAAGACCAGAACGUCCGCUUGUACGACACCACCAGGGGGCGCUUUCACCUACGGCGAACAGUGAAGGCUCGGGAUGUGGGCUGGAGUGUUCUGGACGUCUGCUUCACCCCUGAUGCACAAAAUGUACUCUACUCCAGCUGGUCUGACUACAUUCAUAUGUGCAGUAUAGAUGGAGACAGUGAAAACCACACCGCCCUGGACCUCAAUCCAGAUGAGAGGAGGUUCUGUGUGUUCUCAUUGGCUGCGUCCACAGAUGGCAACGAGAUCCUGGGAGGAGCAAAUGAUGGCUGCCUUUACGUUUUUGAUCUCGAGCAGAAUAAACGAACGCUGAAGAUUGAUGCCCACGAGGAUGAUGUGAACGCGGUGGCGUUCGCCGACAGCUCGUCCCAGCUGCUCUUCUCCGGCAGCGACGACGCGCUGUGCAAGGUGUGGGACAGACGGACGCUGCGGGAGGACAGACCGCAGCCCGUCGGACAGCUGGCCGGCCACCGAGACGGCAUCACCUUCAUCCACAGCAAGGUGGGGGGGGGGCGAAGAGAGGAGUACUGCUGGUAUUUUAUCAAUCUGUCAAAGACAAGUUCCCCAAAGCCUCAUGGGGUGACGCCGACGCGCUAUCGAAACUUAUUCAGCAACUCAGAGAUCCAUCAAGCUCUGGGACGUCCGAAAGUUCUCGCGCACAAAGAGGUUAAGCAGUCCCCCCCCUCUUCACCAUCAAAACUGGGAUUACCGCUGGCAGCAGGUUCCCAAAGAGCCCUGAAGAGACACAAGCUGACAGGCGACACCUCGGUGAUGACCUACCGCGGCCACGGCGUUCUGCACACCCUCGUCCGCUGCCGUUUCUCUCCAGAGUUCAGCACUGGACAGAGGUUCAUCUACUCCGGCUGCUCCACCGGCAAAAUCAUCAUUUAUGACGUCCUGACGGGCAGCGUGGUCUCCAGACUGUCGGGCCAUGACGCGUGUGUGAGGGACGUCAGCUGGCACCCGUACGAGGACAACAUCGUCAGCAGCUCCUGGGACGGAGCGGUGCGAAUGUGGGAGCACAGACAGACCCAUCCGCUAGAGGAGGAGAGAGAGCGGGAGAGAGUCUGACAACUGGAGAAAGACCUUUUUAGACGGCGAGAGAAGAAGAGAGACAACGGAAAAAGAUGUCGGAGGAAGUGACAUCACCGCAGAAGGGGGGCAGGGCCGGCCCCAACACAGGAAGGCAAUACGCUCAGAAGGACUGGGAAGAGACUUAAAUAUCUUUUAAAUUCAAUGCUGGAUAUUAAUAUUACAGUUAUAGCGUGGUUGUGAAGGGUUCAUUUGGAAGGCAUUAUAGCCUUACGUUGUCAGGUGCAGUGGGACGGCCUACUUUUGUUUUUGCCUCACUGUCGACAGGCCAAAGCUUUUGAAUUUGGCCUGAAACACUUCACGCAACAUGUGCUGUAGCUCGAAGCGCUAAGCACGGCACUUACUUAAUGAGCUAUUGAAAUUUAUUGGUAAGUUAGUUAUUUAGAAAUCAAUAUUGGAUAUUGCAGGGAGAAACUGACAAUUAUGGUUCUGUAUAAAUGUAUAGUAUUUGAAUGGUUUGUGCAUUCAGGGAGUGUAUUUAGAUAGUUGUCAGUGUGCCGAUUUGGACUUUCGCCCUUGCUGUUAUGAAUAACAUGAGCUGUGUCCUAUUUGAGGGGCCUUCACGUUCAAAGUCCACAUUUAAAGAAUGAAUAUAUUAUAAUAUUCCAGUACAUUAAUUACCAAUUGCCCUAAAUCAUGACUCCUAAACCUGCAACAUGUGUCCACCACUUGGUCAGCUGUUCAAGGGCAACUUUAUGGCGGUCAACUUCCUAUGUCGGGAAAAAUUCCAAAAGCAUACCAAAAUGGCCAGGACGCCCCCAAACACGCUGUUAGUUUUACUGUCAAACUCACAGUGAUUUUAUGUGAAAACGUCUUUAGAUCGCCUCACGACAGCCCCUGUAUUCAGACACAGCAUUAGUCUGAGGUCUUCUUAUUGAGUCAAUAAGGUCCUGGGUCAACACAACUCUGUAAACACAAGCCCUGAGUCAAUUUAAAAAAAAAAAAAAAAAAAAAGAGUAAUUGUGUUGGCCACUAUAAACCUGUGAUCUGUUUAUAAGAUUUGAAUGUGUGUGAUAAUAUGUUGAGGUCAAGACUUGGUGACGGGACAGGGGAUGUGUGCGUGGAUCAAAACGUACACACUGAUCUGUAUAUGCAAUUUUCAGGUGUUUAUACAGUAUCCAAGCCCAUAUUUCACUCUCAGACCGUUGUUUUACAGUAACAAUUAAACCUUUCAAUGUAUCGCAACGAA